AUAUUGGAGGCUGUCAUGAUAAAAAUAUAUGAUUAAGGUCAUUUGGGUGACUUCACUAUUACGUGAUCAUCCUGGAGUGUUUACACAGACUUGAUGCUCUAAGUGUGCUGGUUGGGUUUUGCCAACUUCACAUAAACUACUCACUUAGAAACGGGAACUUCCGUUGAGAAAAUGCCUCCAUAAGCUUGCCUGUAGGCAAGCCUGUAGAACAUUUCCUUGAUUAAUAAUUGACAUGGGAGGACCCAGCUUACUGUGGGUGGUGCCUCUCCUAGGCAGAUGGUACUGGGUUAUAUAAAUAAACAAGCUGAGCGUGUCAUGGAGAGCUUGCUCAUAUGCAAAGCUCCUCUGUGAUUUGUGCUUUAGUUCCUGCCUCAAGAUUCCUGCUUGCAUUCUUGCCCUGGCUUCUCUCAGUGGUGGACUAUUUAUGGGGUCAGAUAAGCUGAAUAAACCCUUUCCUCUUCAAAGUUGCUUUCAGCUACCUAAUUAUGACAGUAGGUCAACCACUGACGUGGAUGAUUGGUGUCAUCAGGAGACACAGUAAGCAUGACACGAAUGAGGGAAUAAGACUUCAUGGGUCUAGCACUGCAGAUUAUAUUUGUUUUUAUUAAGUGGAAGUAUAUUCUCGGUAGCGGCGUGGGAGGGGCCGAGGCCAGCGCCGUCCGUCCGCCGGCCGCCCCGACUGUGUGCUAUCCUCUGGAGCAAGUUCAAGCUUUUUAUUCAUUUCCAUUUCAACACAUGAUGGCUGAAGCUCCUAAUAUGGCGGUCACGACUGAAGUGGAGAUGCCCGCAGAAGCCUCUGCCCAGGAACCUGUACCAGAGGCUCCAAACAGAAGAAAAAGAAAAGCCAGAGCAUCAGAACCCAAGGACCCAGUGGAACCCAAAAAACCUGCCCGGCCGAAAAAGUCUGGCAAGUCAGCAACGUCAAAAGAAAAACAAGAAAAAAUUACAGACGCCUUUAAAGUGAAAAGAAAAGUGGACCGUUUCAACGGUGUUUCUGAAGCUGAGCUUUUGACCAAGACCCUUCCUGAUAUUUUGACCUUCAAUCUGGACAUUGUGAUUAUUGGCAUUAACCCAGGAUUAAUGGCUGCUUACAAAGGGCAUCAUUACCCUGGACCUGGAAAUCAUUUCUGGAAGUGUCUGUUCAUGUCAGGACUGAGUGAGGUUCAGUUGAAUCACAUGGAUGACCACACCUUACCUGGGAAGUACGGCAUUGGCUUCACCAACAUGAUGGAACGGACGACGCCGGGCAGCAAGGAUCUGUCCAGUAAAGAAUUCCAGGAAGGCGGGAGAAUUCUAGUGCAGAAACUGCAGAAAUAUCAGCCACGAAUAGCGGUGUUCAAUGGAAAAUGUAUUUACGAAAUUUUCAGUAAAGAAGUUUUUGGAGUAAAGGUUAAGAACUUGGAAUUUGGGCUUCAGCCCCACAAGAUCCCAGACACAGAGACUCUCUGCUACGUCAUGCCGUCCUCCAGUGCCAGGUGUGCUCAGUUUCCCCGCGCCCAGGACAAGGUUCACUACUACAUCAAGCUGAAGGACCUAAGAGACCAGCUGAAAGGCAUUGAGCGGAACACAGACGUGCAGGAGGUGCAGUACACGUUUGACCUACAGCUCGCACAAGAGGAUGCAAAGAAGAUGGCUGUUAAGGAAGAAAAGUAUGACCCCGGCUAUGAAGCAGCGUAUGGCAGUGCUUACAGUGAGAACCCACGUCAGAGUGAGCCUUGCAGCUUUGCCUCAAACGGGCUAGCAGCCCACAGUGCGGAGCUGAGAGGAGAAGCAGCUCCUGGUGGCGCUCCAGACGGGCAGUGGAUAGCACAGCCGUUUGCAGACCAGAUCCCGGCCCUUGAUAACUGUGGGACCCGGGAGCAGGAAGAAGGAAGCCAUGCUUGAUGACCGUCCUCUGAGCUCUGCCUCAGCGCUGCAGUUUUAAUGCGGCUGUGAGGCCCCAGAGUCUCCGUUUCCUAAGUCGGUAGUGCUGGUACUUUACACUAGUGGUGUGACUGUAUAUGGAGCAGUUGUGUGUAGAGUCAACUGCAUGAACCUGUGUAGGUGAAAGGAAAAAUAGGGUGUUUUCUACCUGAGUUUUGUAUUUUAAUUACACAUCAUUCCAGCUUUUUAUAUGUUAGAUUUCAUUUAUGAAGAAACUGGUUUUCUUUAGGGAGUCACCUUGAUGUAAUUUUAAGACGCAACAGUCUGAAUAUUUAUAGUUGAUUCUUGACUGCAUAUCUAUAUAUGCCGUUAUCCCUUUUAUAACCAAUCCUCAGAAGGGCAUGCUAGUAAGAAUCAAACUGGCAGAUACACCGAUUUCCAUGUAAAAAGCUAACCAAUCCUCAUUGGAGUCUGGCUAGUUUUGGAAAUUGGGGGUAAACUCAGAAUUCUCUGGGUUGUAGUCACACUCUCCAAAUGGUGUGUAUAGCAGUUGCUUAGUAACAGAAACAGGGUGUGGCCUGAGCCCUGCCUUUGACCCCCCACUCCUGUGUGUUGGGCCUCUCAGAAGCAGACACUGCUUUGCUGAACUGAAGGUUCCUGAGAAUGCAGUAGACCUUUUGUAGUUUGCCAAUCGUGUGUUUUAUUGAAUUUCCCCCUCAGUGUUUGUCACUGUUCUAAUUUUAUCCUUGACAUGGGAAGUGGUAAGAAAUGAACUUUCAGGGUGAGCAUCACGAUGCUGGAGGUAUUUGACAAUUCUGUUUUAAAAUGGUGCUGCGUGUACAGGGGUCUUACUAAGAUAACACAGAAUUUUUCUUGCUAGUUAAAACUAACUAGUCAAUAAUUUAAAAAUUAUUGUCACUAUUGUUUGUUACUGUAGACUAAGUGAACCUCAUGAAAAGGUUGGCUGGAAUUUGUACCUUUGUGGUUUCUAAUGCAUUUUCCAUGGUGCUACAAAUAGCCCAGCCUAGUAGGGCUGUGGGAUAUUAAAACUGGGUAUUCAGAAAUAAAAAAAAA